AUGAUUGCCGUGUCUCCUUGGGUUGCUUCGGAGCAGGUCAUGGAUCCGUACAAGUUCAAGAAAGAACCGCAGGAAGGAAAGAUAUUCGUCCUGUUCCUGCAACCGCGACAGAUUCGGUUCUGCGGGCCGGACGAACUAGACAGGUUCGAGGGCGAGGCGCGGGAGAAGGCGAUCGCGCGCAGCCGGCGCAGCAGCUGCCUCCCCGACUACAAGGGGGCGCUCGAUGCGUGCCUGGCGCAGGAGGCGCGGCUGGCGCUGCUGGCGCAACGCCAGCAGGGCGCAAGGCAGCCGCGGGCAGAGAGGCAGGAGCGGGGGGAGAGGCAGGAGCUGGAGCAGGGGGAACGAGAGGAGGAGAACAAGGGAGGGACGAAGGGAAGGACGAAGGGAGGAAAGAAGCAGAAGGGUGCGAAGGCCCGAGGGAAGCGGAAGAAGGAAAGGGAGGAGGAAGAGGUGGAGGAGGAGGAGCAGCGAGAGGAGGAGACGGAGAAGGAAGCAGAGGUGGAGAAAAGGAGAGAGGCGGGUGCGAGUGGGCAGAGCGCCAAGAAGAGGAGAAAGGCAGGGGAGGUAAAUGUGGCUGACGUGGCACGGCCAGCGGUUGACGUUGCAGAGGUUGGGCUGGAGGCGGGAGCGACAGGAGAGGCAGAAGCCACAGGAGCGGCAGGAGCGGCAGGAGAAGCGGGAGAGGCAGGAGCGGCAGGAGAUGCAGGAGAGUCGCUGAUUGCAGAUAAGAAGGAUGCGGGAGGAGCGAUGACGGAAAUGGAGGGAGAGGGCAUGCACGCGGGUGCUGGGGCGGAGGCGGAGGCAGGGGACACGGAGCAAGAGGAACAUGAGGAGAGAGAACGGCCGGACGGAGUGGCAGAGGGACGCGCGGAGGGACGAGCGGAGGGACCAGCGGGAGGAGAGGCAGAGGGAGGAGCAGAGGGAGAUGCAGAGGAAAGAGCAGGACUCGGGCCCCAGGGAGCAUCGUUAGGGACGGAGAGGAUUGGCCCGGGCGAUGGUGAGGCAGAAGCAGGCGGUGGUGCGGUGGCAGGGAAAACGGCCAAGACAGGUGGUACUUUGAGUUAUGGUAGGAGAGGGGGGAAGAAGGGACGAGGGAAGGAGAGCGGCAGAGGGGUGGAGAGUCGAAACACAGGAGAGGAUGUGGCGGCGAGGGUAGGUGCAGCAGCAGUGGAAACAGGAGCUGCAGCUACGGGUGCAGCACUCGUGGGAAGCAGAGCGACAGCAGGAGUGGUGCCAGAAGCAAGCGGAGAUGUGCUGCUGACUCCUCCAGUUGAGGGGGUGCUCUCGACGCCUCCUGGGUUAGAAGUGCUCUCGACCCCUCCUGGAGGGAGGGAGAGGCGGGCAGCUGCGCAACGGGCUGCUGCUGCGCUGGCUGCCACUUCUGGGGGCAAAGGCAGAGCGGGGAGAGGGGAGGGGAAGAAGGGGGAGAAAGAGGAGAAGGGGGAGAAAGGGGAGAAGGGGGAGAAGGCGGGGGAGGAGGGGGAGAAGGGUAAGGUUGGAGGAGGGACAGGAGAGGCAGGGAAGAUGAACAAGGGAAAGAAGGAAAGGAAGGUGGAAAAGGCGGGGAAGGGGAAACAAAAAGGAAAGGUUGAAGCGGCAAGGGCAGGAAGAGCAGUGACUGGAGCAGCAGAUGAAGAGACGGCUGAUGUGAGAGAAGCAGAGGAAACUGCAGGUGGUGACAGAGUUGCGGCAGUGGAGGAGGAGGAGCAGCAGGGGGAGCAAGAGGGGGAGCAGGAGGGGGAGCAGGAGGGGGAGCAGGAGGGGGAGCAGGGGGAGGAGCAGGAGGAGGGUGAAGUAGAGGAGGUGGGGAGAGAAACAGGAAAGGGGGUUAAGGCGAAGAAGGGCGGGGCUGUGGUGGAGCGCAGGAGCACAAGGGCUCGUAAAAGUGAGGAUGGGGGUAUGGCUGAGAGGGUGAGGAGAGGUGCGAAGGGAGGUAUGAAGGGAGGUAUGAAGGGAGGCGCGAAGGGAGGCGCGAAGGUGAGUGAGCGAAGGGCGAGUUUUUUGAGAGGGAAGGGUGCGAAGGGUGAAGUGGUGGAGAGGGAGAAGGGCAGAAAGGAGCGUGAGAGAAGAGCGAGUGUGGCGAGAGGGAAGGGGGAUGGGAGGAGAGGAAGGGGAAAGGGAGGGAAGAAGGAAGAAGAGGAGGAGGAGGGUGCGGAAGAGGAGGAGGCUGGAGAAGAAAUGGAGGUGGAAGAAGGGGAGGUGGGCGAGGGUGAAUUGGAGGGAGGAGAGGACGACGAGGAGGAACGGGUGGAGGAAAGGGAGAAGGAAAGAGGGGAGAGGCGAGCUGAAGUGGAGGGAGAGGAGGGAGAAGGUGGAGAAGAGGAGGAGGACGAGAGUGUGAGAGAAAAUGGCUCAGAGAAGGAGAGUGAGGAGGAGGAGGAGAGUGAGGAGGAAGAAGAGGAGUAUGUACCCAGCUCACAAAAGGGCAAGAGGCCUCGUGCAGAGGGGGGGGAAGUCAAGCAUAAGCAGCAAUCUGUCGCCGCACCUCGUCCCAAACCUGCUCCCAAACCUCCCAAGGCAGCGCUCAAGGCUCUUGCCAAGCCUCGCGGCCAGGCUCGGUCCACCGCUGCUGCUGCUGCCGCUGCUGCUGGGGCUUUCAUUGUAGAGGACAUAGUCCAGGCGGGCAGUGCAGAGGACGUGGAGGAAGCAGCGUUCCGGUGGAUGGAGGGGUAUGAGUUCAACCGCACUCAUGCCACAGCCCAGCUGCUCAAGCUGCUCUUCCAGGCGUGUGGGGUGCAGGUGGUGAUGGGAGACGAUGCCAUCAUGUCAGAGGGAGUCGGUGUGGACGACGUCGUGCAAACCCUCGUCGACUCCGCCCGCCAGGUCGCCCUGCUCGACCAUCUGCACCGCACUCCACCGCACCACAGCCACCACCACUCCACUGCCAACGACGGCAAGGGCAGCAAGGGUGGCAGUGGCAAGGGUGGCGAUGGGGCAUCGUUCCGCACGUCAUUGCUGCUGUUCUGGGAUGCGCUGGUGGUGGCGGGGGGCCGGGAAGGUUCUCUCUUUGACUCCCAGCUCCUGCCCACGCUUCUUGACUACCUCGUUGCCCUCUCCUCCUCCUCCCCCCGCAUAUUCCGCCACGUGGCAACACUCGUGGCACUGCAGCUCAUCUCCUCCAUCAUCACCGUCGCUUCCGUGCUCUCCGAAUCGCAAUCCACGGCUCAGAGGCAGCUGCAGGCCGCGAUCCGACGGUCGGAAGAGCAGGAGCAGCAGGCGACAAGAGCAGGGGCGGAAAGCCGAGGAACAGGAGUGAGGAGGAGCAAGAGGAAGGGGUCUACUGGGGGAGGUGGGGAAGGACGAGGGGAUGGGGACGCCGGGGAAGCGGCAGGACUGGGGGAUGGGUCUGAGGGGGCAGGUGGGGGAGGUGGAAGCGGAGGGGCGAGCAGGCGGGCAGCGGUGGAGCUGCAAGCGAAGGUGGAUGCGAUUCAUGGGCAGGUGGCCAUGCUGGAAGGGGUCAUGCGGCGAGGGUUCACAGGGUGCGUGAGGAGUGAUGAGUGGUGGGUGACAAAUGCCAUCGUCACGCGGACUCCAAUAGAUUCUCAAAAUCCUUCUGUAACCCAACCCCCUCUUGCAGUGCAGCAUCAUAACGCAUCGAUAUCGCGACGUGGAUCCGGCCAUCAGAGCAGCAUGUGUGGCGGCGCUGGGGCAGUGGGGCAGUGGGUGUCAGGCACGACUCCCAUCACUCCUCCCACCCACCUCCCCCUUUUGCACCCCCCCUUACUGGCAUCCUGUAUUACACCCCCUCACAAUCCCCCCGCCAGCAUCAUCACGCAUCGCCAUCGGGACAUCGAUCCGGCCAUCAGAGCAGCGUGUGUGGCGGCGCUGGGCCAGUGGGUGACGCGCUACCCGUCGCUCUUCCUCGAUGAUGUCUUCCUCAAGUACCUCGGCUUCUCGCUCAAUGACAAGGUGGCAUCCGUCCGCCUCACGGCCCUGUCAGCGCUCCAGUCGCUCUACGCCAGCGAGGACAAUCUGCCGGCGCUUGGCGUCUUUUCGGAGCGCUUCGUGCCACGUGUGCAGCAGAUGGUGGAUGACGUGGAUGCUGACGUGGCAGUGGCUGCUGUCUCGUUGGUCCAGCUGCUCGCCAGCAACGACACCCUCCCACACAACCGUGCCGUCGCUCUCCUCUCUGAUCGCCUCACGGACGACUGCCUGCCGCUCAGACUCGCCGCCUGCAACGUCCUCUUCCUCCUCCUCCUCGCCUCCUCCCCCAGCCCUGCCUCUCCUGCUGCUGCUGAAGCCGCUGCAUCCGAAGCAGGCCCGAGGAAAGGCAAGGGGGGAGGCAAGAGGGUGGAUGAGAGGGGAGGGAAGGGUGGGGAGGCGGAGGAGGGUGCAGGGAGGCAGGUGGUGGUGGUGGUGCGAAUGCUGCAGACGUGUGGGGAUGCGGUGCAGGCUGGGUACGUGGUGGAUGCGCUGUGGGAGCGAGUACCGGCCCUCAUGGCGUGUCGCUAUGUGAUUGGCUCGCUGCAUGUGAAUGCUACUGCAUGCGAAUGCUCUUUCAUUCCCUUCCAUCCCUCCCAUCAGGACUUGAAGUCAAUUGGGAAGUUGCUACUGCAGUCAGACACCCAAGCCACGCCCCUCUCCCCCUCCUCCCAGCCGCUCUCCCCCACUCCUCCCUCCUCCUCCACCCCCUCGUUCCCCUCGUCGCCUCCUCCUCCCGAAGCCGACACGCCCACCCUCGCCCUCCUCCUCUCCCUCGCUGCUCGCAAGACCGUGGGAUUGCCGAUUGUGCCGCGGAGUGCAGCGGAGGUGAAGAGAAAGGCGCCUGUUGCACUGUCCAAGGCCAAAAAGGAUCGGCAAGCAGCAGUGGUGGCGGAGAUGACAGGGGCGCUCGUGAAGGUGCUUCCGCCAAUGAUGAGGCGCCACGUGGCGGAUGAGCGCGUGCUGCUGCGGCUGCUGGAAACAGCAGAGUGUCUUGACGUGGGGUCGCUGGCGCAUAGGCAGCAGCAGGAGCCUCUCCUCGCGAUCCUCUCGGCGGCGCGUGACAGCCUGGCGCGCCACGUCAGCACGGCGGUGAUGGCGGCAGCGACACGUGUGCUGCUGCGGUGCAUGUGGCGUGCUCAGGGAGACAUGCGCGAGCAGGCGGAGGAGGCAGUGAGGGGCGCCGUGCGCAGUGUGGUGGUGGGGCGAGUGAAAGAGGAGGCUCAAACCACUCUGGAGGCCACGUCAGGCACCCCUGCAGCUGACGUGGACACCUUUUCUCUCUCGGUGGCUGCUACUCGCCUCGCUGUCUUCCUCCUGCAAGCGGACCCUACCCCCUUCCUCCCCGCCCCCGCUGCUGCCGCUGGUGGCACUGAUUCAGCUGCUGCUGCUGCUGCUGCUGCUGCUGCUGCUGCUGCUGCUGCUGCUGCAGAUGGGAUGCAACCACCGGACCUGUUUGCUCUGCUCCUUCGGUUGCUGGAGAAAUUUCCUCCUUAUAAGCACCCUCAGGUCAGCAUACGCUUACUUCCUGUGCACUCUCUGCUCUUCAGUCCGCAAGGGGGUCUUUUUUUUUCUCUGCGAAGUGCUGCGGUUUGUUUCCUACUGACUCGAUUUUCUCACUCUGCAUUGCUGCUGCCUGACUCCUCUUGCCACCUCCUCUCGUUCCCCUAUUGGUCCGUCCAGCUGGCAUCGCCAGUGCUCCGCUCGCUGGUGCUGCUGCUCGUGUGGGGCUUUAAGAAACUCGUCACUGCAGUGGGCAAAAAGGGGACGGCAGGUGAUGGGGCAGACGCGGCAGGGAGAGACGCAGCAGGUGCUGCAGGAGGUGCUGAGGCUGAUAGGGAAUCAGGGGGGGAAAGAGGGCUCAGUGCUGGUGGUGUGAGUGAAGAGGUGGGUGAGCAAGAGGAGGAGGUGAGGGAAAGGCAGGGGCGGCUGAUGGGUGUGCUGCUGAGGCUCAUGGAAGCAGGGGCGAAGGGAAGGAUAGCAGUGAACGGAGGAGGGGAGGAGCAGGGCGAUGAGGAAGCCGAGGAGGAAGAGGGAGGAGGCAGUGGAGUGGAAAGGGAGGGUCAGAGAGAGCAGCAGCAGCGGUGGCGGCAGCUGCAGCAGCUGGCAGUAGAGGUCUUGGAGCAUAUAUCGGACCUGUGGGUUCUCUUCUCGCCUCAUAAGCUCGCUCACUCGCUCCUACACCCACUCUCUGUUACAGUCACACCUGCCAGCGUCAACGCCUACUGGGCGGCAUUCAGUCGUCUGCUUCCCCCUUGCUCAGCAGAGAGGGGACAGAGCACACAGGAGAGGCAGCAAGAGAGGGUGUCGGAAAGAGGGGAAGAGAGAGUGGUGGCGGCAGCAGCCAAGCUGGUGCUGUGCGGUGCUGUGGACCCUGAGCUGCUGGCGCCUGCUGUGCUCUCACGGCUUGUGGUGGUGGGGAGGGGCGAGAAGACGGAUGAUGGGGGUGAGGAGGGGGAGGAGGGGGAGGAUGAGGAGAGGGAGGACGGGGUGGCACGGCUGUUUUUGUCUCAUCUGCAGCAGAGGAAGAAGCGGGCGGCAAGCGAGGGAGGGAAGUUUGAGCUGUGGCGGAUUUUCCUUCAGGCACUGAAAAUGACCUUUAUUCCCACUCUCCCACUCAUCUCCAACCACUCGCACACAGAGGAUGACGUGGCACCAUCUCAUUCGCCAAGCCCAGCAUCUGUAGGACGCUGUGCCAGCCUGGCAGCCCGGCUGGCAGCUGUAGCAGCCGCCCCGCAGUUCUCUGCACAGCGAUUGGUCGAGCAGCGGGCGGCGAUUCGGCAGCUGGUGCAGGAAGGGGUGGCAUUCGCCUUUGAGUCGUUGCCCGACCGGCUGGCGUUUCUCGAAUGCGCGCUUCUACCGUUUUCUGCGAAGCUUCUUGGAAAUGACGCCCGAAGCAUUCUCAAUGCAUUAGAGGAGAGGGUGUCAGCCGUGGAUGAAGAUGUGGCUGAUGACGUGGCAUCAUCUGAGCCGUUGUUGGCCUUCACGUCUGUUCUGACGGAGAGAGCAGCGACAGCACCGCCGCCUGCACCUGCUGCAGCUACAGUUAAGGAAAGCGUGGCUGAUGGACCGGCAGGCAGGGCAGCACCUGGUGCUGCAGAUGAUGCUUCAGGUGCUGUGUCAGAUGAGGCAGGAGGUGGAGCAGAAGCAGACAGAGACAUUCACAGGGAGGGCGUUGAGGAGGGGAGAGGGGGGGUGGGAGGGAGCGGAGAGGGCAGGAGACGGACACGUCAUGGUGGUGGUGUGGAUGAGACUGCAUCCGCUGUCAAGCGCAAAAAACUCUCCUUCUCUUCUGCUGCUGCUGCUGGUGGUGCUGUUGGUCCUGAUGCUGUUGGCGCUGAUGCUGGUGGUGCUGCUGGGGCUGCUGGCGGUUUGGAAGAGGAGGAAUCUGAAGAAAGUGCUGGGGAGGAAGGUGAGGGAGAGGAAGAGGAGGGAGGAGUGAAUGAGUCAGGGGGAGAAGAGGAAGGGGAGGUUGGAGAGGAAGGGUCAGCGGAGGGGAGGGAGGAUGGUUCAGGGCCAGGGUUGAGUCAGCCAGUAGGAGGCGGCGUGUUGGUGGCUGAGCCAGUGGGAGGCGAGAGGAAGUAUGUGAGGAAGAAGAGGAGGGGUUCAGCGGUGGACGGGGGGAAAGAGGAGAGGAGAAUGAAGAGGAGGGAAGAGAGGGGUGGUGAUGGGUCGGAGGAGCGAGCUGAUGUUGGAGGAGAUGGAGAAGGGGGUAGGGAGGUGGAAGGUGGUGGGCAGGAGGGGGAGGCGAUAGGGGAAGAAGUGGACACGAAUACGCAAGGCACAACUCCUGAUGCGACUCAAGAUGAAACGCAAGUGGAAGAGAGUACCCAAGAUGCCUCUCAAGAUGAAAUGCGGGUGGAAGAGAGUACCCAAGAUGCGACUCAAGAUGAACCGCGAGUGGAGGAGAGCACCCAAGAUGCGACUCAAGACGAAACUCAAGGGGCUGCGCAAGGGAAUGAAGCGGGGGAGGGUGGGAGGGAGAUGGGAGGGAGGAGUGCAGGGGGCACUGAGGAGCAAUUGCCUUCCUCUUUUGAGGCUACAGAGGAGGAGCUUCCUUCCUAA